AUGGCACAACUGUCGCAGACGUCAGCUCCGUUUGCCGGCGAAAAAAUGAGCCAACAGCGAGAGCCGCCACGCUCCAUCCUGGAAGAGCCUACGACGGCGGCCUUCUUCAUCCGCAGCUCCGAAUACCCCAGAGGACAGAUCUUCCACGUCGACAAGCCAGUUGAAAUCUCCAUGUUGCCGCCAGUGGCAGUCCGACGUCCAGCCUUUCCAGAAAUCAGGAAGCGCUCCAUGGAAAUGCUGACGCCGUGUACCUUUUUCGUACAGUAUGCUUGCCAGCAGAAAUGUCGCACCAUGGGCAUCUGCAUCCACUACCAAUUUGUCGUCGGCUGCCGAAAAUGUCCUGAUGGACUGAGGUGUUCACUCUGUGCCCAGAGUAGCGUAGAGCAGGCCAUUCAAGCAUGCCGGAAAUGUCCCUUGCACCAGAAUUCUGCUCAGGCCAACCCCAUCGGCAGUCGACCAGAGGACUUUUUGGCGACAGACAAGCAAAAGGAGGUUUGUGAUGAAGUGCUAAUGAGAUCAUUGGCUUGUGACUGGCAUGAUGUACCUGUUCUCCCUGUCAAGCAGGCGGAAGACGAUGUUGGCACAAAGUCAAUGCGCUUCCUCAGAGAGACCACGCCUAAAGAUCUGAAGGACGUGGAAAUGCUGGAGACCCUAUUUGAGCAUGAUUUGGAAGCUGAGAUAAAUUCAGCCAAUAUGCCCGUUCAGCAUGCUUUCGGCCUGUGGCGUGGACCGUUGGAAAUGCAUAUGGGGCCAGCUCAAAGACCACUCGGCUAUCGAGUCUGA